AUGUUAACCCUCACAAUAAACUGGCUACUGGCGCCGAGAACGUCCCCUGGCCCAGCCAUUAAACCACGAUGGGACUCUCAAUCAGAUGUCGCGGCCAACUCGCCCAACGCCGCCGCCGGUUCGUGGAUCAUUGAUCCUUUACCUUCAUUACAAAGAGCGGGCCUGAUCGCGGUAGCGACUCUGGCCAUGAUCUCUCUCCUCUCCACAUUCAGUCUUUUAUGUUUCUUUACCUAUCGUUUUGUCUUUUGGAAGAAAUUCUACAAGCGCUACAUUGGCUACAAUCAAUAUGUGGUGCUCAUGUACAACCUGGCUCUGGCCGAUUUCAUUCAAGGCUUGGGCUUCAUCGUCAGUCUGAGGUGGAUUGCCAAGGAUUCGCUGCAUGCGACGGAUCCAGCGUGCUUCCUGCAAGGAAUCUGGCUGCAGAUUGGAGAUCCGAUGAGUGGAUUGUUUGUGCUCGCCAUUGCCCUCCAUACAUUCCUACAAGUCACCAUGGGACGCCAGCUCAGUCAUCGGACCUUUGUGUCCAUCGUGGUGAGCCUUUGGGUCUUUGGCGUGAUUCUGGUCAUCAUUCCCAUUGCAGUGGUGGGACCGCACGUUUGGAUGCCUUCGGUAGCUUGGUGCUGGAUGACCACCCAACACCCCACACUUCGUCUAUGGACACACUACUUUUGGAUUUUCGCCGCCCAAUUCUUCAAUCUCGUGCUCUACGCUAUCAUGUUCGUCCAGCUGCGCCGUCGAAUGUCCCAGUCGAAAAUUCUCGGUCAAAGCUACACUGAAAGUCUCCGACGUCUCAAUCGAGUCGUCUCCUACAUGGUGCUCUAUCCAAUCGUGUACAUUGCUUUGACUCUUCCUUUAUCCGCCGGCCGAAUGGCUUCCGUCAGCGGACACAGCCCCAGUGUUGCCUACUUCUGUGUGGCGGGAGCUUUGAUGACUCUCUCUGGAUUUUGCGAUACCCUGCAGUACACUUUGACACGCAAGAGCCUGGUUCUGGACUCGGAGACCCGAUCCAAGCGAGAUGAUGGGUACCAUGAUCUCUCCAAGAGUGGACAGAAGAGGACAAAAGCGCAGACAGACUCUAGGUCGGAAGACCAGGGCCUGGUUUCUACCGUCUGCACCACUUUCCAAAGAGGUACCUCGACCGAGGCGAUUGUGCCCAAGGAGGAUAUUGAGCUUGAAGCUUCCGCACCGCAGGUGUAUCAACAUACGACAAUUACCGUCACGCGGGAGCCGGCUUUUUAA